CCCUCAUCCAUGAGCUGCUGGAGUCAGGGCCCGUUAUACACGAGGAGCUCCCAUCAGCUUAUCCGCUGUUAAUUAUAGCCAGCGACCUGGUUUCAGCACUGCAGGCACUCAACAGCUCCCGCGGAGCUAAAGCCCUUGCGCUUAUAGAGGAGAGGCGCAGAGAGCGCGCGGCAUCCUGCCAACCCCAGCGCGCUCCACAAAGCCAAACCAACGGCGCGUUUCUCUUCACAGAGGACAACAGAGAGAGCGAGAGAGAAAACAUCUGAACCCCAGCUGAAGGAUGGCGUCAAAACGCGUAGGGAUGGUGGUUGUCCUUGCUGUGAUAGCGCAGAUCAGCGCGUUUCCCACACCUGCCGGACCCGACGAUAAGAGCAUGUAUAACCGAGAGCUGACUGAAGAGAAGCCAUUAGAACAGCAGAUUGCAGAAGCUGACAGCAUCAAGAAGGCAGAACCCAAGCCAACGCCACCAGCUGAGGCAGAGUCAAAAUCUGAGGAUGAAGACAUCACUUUCCUUAAGUCUCUGGCUGAGAAGUCCAAAGAGUCAAACAAUGAGACUCCCAUCUCAGAUUCUGUGGAUGAGCGAUACGGUACUGAUGAGGCCGACACUACCAAAAACAGAAGACUGGCCGAUGAUUAUGACUCUACUAAGAAUGGAAUGGACUACAAAUACCAAGGUAAGAACUGCAACUACCAAGCUGGCAAAGCCUUAUUCAGAAGAGCACAUUAUGUAGUAUGUGUACUUUGCAAAGUAUGUUGUUUGCACUUUCACUGACUGUACACAAUGCAA